AUGGCUGAUCAAGAAACAAUCGACCAAGAGGGUGAAGAGUUUAUCGAGCAGGGUGAAAUAUUUGAGGAACAAAUUCUGGAUAACGAUGUAAUUCCCAUGGAAGAUGCUGAUGCCGAUGAAGAAAAUUCCGAGGAUAGAACCAAUGAUGUUGUGAUUGACUUGAUAGAUGAUUCCGUACAGGGAUUCUUUUCCCAUCAAGAUUCCGUGUACGCUGUCGACCUUCAUCCAAUUAAUCAAGAUAUAGUGGUUUCUGGUGGCGGUGAUGACAAAAGCUUUUUGUGGCGAUCAGAUACUGGAGAACAAUUAUAUGAACUCUCAGGUCAUACGGAUACGGUUACAUCUGUCAUGUUUAGCAGGGAUGGCGAAUUUGUGGCUAGUGGCGGUAUGGAUGGUAAGGUAUUUGUGUGGAAAGUGGAUAGUGGAGAAUUGGUCGCAUCGUUAGAAGGUCCCGACGAGAUUGUGUGGAUUGAUUGGCACCCUAAGGGCCCUAUUCUUUUGGCGGGCGCAAACGAUGCGUCGAUAUGGAUGUGGCAACUUCCGUCUGGUAAUUGCAUGACCGUUUUCUCGGGACAUUCGCAAGCUGCUACUGUGGGAAAGUUCACACCCGACGGCAAAAAGAUUGUUUCGGGAUCAGAGGACUCUUCCUUAAUAUUAUGGGACCCAAAGACUGCUUCUGCGAUAUUAAAAAUUACCGGUGAUGAUUCACGAUUUCAUCAGGUGGGCAUUACCUCCCUUGCGAUCAAUAAGGAAAGUACUUUGGUUCUCACAGGAUCUCUGGAUAGUUCCUCGAGAUUAGUUAAUCUGAACAACGGAACGAUUCUUGGAUCUUUCGGAGACCAUACUGAUUCGAUUGAGGCAACAGGAUUCUGUGACGUUCUUCCACUGGUAGCGACAGGGUCGGUUGAUGGAAAAUUAAAUAUUUGGGAUGUGAACACUAUGCGACUGCGUCAAACAUGCAGGCAUGAUGAUGCUGUAGUCAAGCUUAAGUGGCAUCUUGAUUCCCCACUAUUGACCACGUGUUCUGCUGAUAAAACGGUGCGCGUAUGGGACGCGAGAACUGGGAACAGGGAACGAAUCUGGCACGGGCACCAAGAUUCCAUCUUAGACUUUGCAAUUUCAAGGGAUGGUCGAAAGGUCAUAACAGCGAGUGACGAUCACGUUUGUCUUGUAUUUAGCGCAUGA